AUGAGUGCAAAGCGCGACAAAUAUUCAGUGAUCCUGCCGACGUACAAUGAGCGAGAGAACCUCCCUGUCCUGGUGCAGAUGUUGUCGGACACGUUCACCAAAGAACGUCUGAGCUGGGAAGUCAUAGUCGUCGACGACGCCUCCCCCGACGGCACCCUUGAACGCGCCAAAGAACUGCAAAACUCCUUCGGGAAGGAGCACAUCAUCCUCAAGCCCCGCGCUGGCAAACUCGGUCUCGGAACGGCCUAUGUACAUGGUCUUCAGUUCGUCACCGGUAACUUCGUGAUCAUCAUGGACGCCGACUUUUCCCACCACCCCAAGUUCAUCCCCGAGUUCAUCAAGAUCCAGAAGGACACGGGCGCCGACAUCGUCACGGGCACGAGAUACAGGUCGAAAAAUGGGCUUGUGGGCGGUGUCUACGGCUGGGACCUGAAGAGAAAAUUGACGAGUCAAGGCGCGAACAUUCUGGCGGAUUUCCUGCUCAAUCCCGGUGUCAGCGACUUGACGGGCUCCUUUAGACUGUACAAGAAGGAAGCGCUGGUCAAGGUCAUUGAGAAGACGCAGAGCAAGGGAUACACGUUCCAGAUGGAAAUGAUGGUUCGAGCGAAAGCGAUGGGCUUGAAGGUUGAGGAGUGUCCCAUUACCUUCGUGGAUCGACUGUACGGAGAAAGCAAGCUUGGUGGUGAAGAGAUUGUGGAGUAUCUGAAGGGUCUCUUGUGGUUGUGGUGGACAGUCUAA